UGUCAAAACAACUUUAUCUUUUUACUAUAAACGAAAACGUGAUCUGAUCUGAGCGUGAUUUGUGAUCUGAAAAAUACUUGUCUACGUGUAUAAAAAUCUUGAAGUGAAGAGAAAAAAAUGAUAUCGCCGUUUCUGUGACAGACGACAAAUUAACAAUUUUAGAGUUGGUUCACAUCUUGGCAUAAAGAUAUUCAAAUGGAUGGUGUGUUAAUUUCUAAUGGCUGCUUUCCAGUUUUCUGUUCAGCAACUCAGUUUUCAGUCCGACGAAACUUCUUUAAAUUCAUCUCUCGACUCAUUGUCAAGUGUUGUUGACCCUAAUGUGGAUUUUGUCACAAAAAAUGAAAACUAUCUGGAUGAAAAGGAAAUUAAAGACGAAUGGAAGUCCUAUAGUUCUCUUACCACAAAAGAAAACCAUAUAAUGGAGAAUAAACAAAAUCCACCUCCAACCUCAAACAAAACUCCUGAUCUCACUACCGAAAACGAGCUUUCGAACAUAAAAGAUUUGCAAUCUAGUUAUCCUACUAUACCUCUUGCGGUUGCUCAUUAUAUUAAUCAGAAUAAUCCUGACAUUUGCCAAGAAGCAGAAAGAUAUUUUAAUUCUGAUGCUUUUCAAUCAUCAUCUGAUUUAAACAGUAAGAAUAAUAUGGAAGAAAAUUUGAGCCCAACUUCUCCAUUACAUUCUAUGUCUAUUGCAAGUGAAGCUUUGGCUCUACAACAUAGUGUUAUAGGAAACUUUGGUGUGAAGCCAGUAUCAGCUGAUAUUGUUGCUCAAGUUGUAGCCAAUACCAAGCUUCGACUGCAGCAGGGCAAUUUAAAAGUUGCACCAAGUGCAGAUAUUGAAUCGAUAUCAAAAUCAUCUAUGAAGAAUGAUGGUGGAGACAUACCAAAAGUUUCUGAAUCUGCAGCUAAACCAGAACUUAUCCGAUAUCCACCUGAAGUCAUAUCUUCAACAGUUGAGAAACAUUCUUGGUUUUCAAGCACGUCUUCGGAUAUAAAUAAUGAAUUUUCUUAUAAAAGCCAAAAAAGGAUUUCUGACAAACACAGUAGUGUAUUAAGCAAAAGUAGUAGUCAGAGUAGUCUUAAUAGUUUAGGACACAAAAAAAGUCACCGAACAAAUGAAACUGAUUUGCCAAAAUUGCAUUCAUCAAGGAAAUCAAAUAAAAACUCAAAAUAUAACUCUACAAAUAUUCAUUCUGAUUAUGAAUUUUAUCCAGAAAGUUCAGUAGACUAUGAAACUGAAUCAAGUGUUUCUGAAAAGUUUGAAGUGGAAUCUUUAUGUUCAGAAGCUUUUGAGACUGAAUCAAAUUUCUCUGAAAUAAGUGGCUUUGAUGAUGACAUGUUGCAUUUCAGAAGAUCUUCUGAUAUUUCCGAGGACAUAUCAAAAAUCAAUUUUAAAAGAAGUUCAGAUAGAGUUACAGGUAAAAAAUUAAAUUCUUUUGAAAUGAAGGAUUCAGACAAUACUGCAAUGAAAAUAACAGCCAAUAAAGCCACAGAGACUGAUGACUCUUACAACUUUCAACUCCUUCGUGAAAAAGCAACAUUAGAAGGUCGUUUGGAAAGUGUAAUGCAAGAACAGAAUGAUUUAAUUAAAGAAAAAGAACAUUAUUGUUCAUUGGCAACUGCAUAUGAAGCACAGUUAAAAUCCUUGCAGAGUCAAAUAGAUGCAAUAAAUACCGAGAAGAAAAAUGCCUUAAUGAUGUAUGAUGUUCAGACAAAGGAACACAAGAAUUGGGAUAAUGUAAUCAAAGAAUACCAAAGUAUUAUUGAAGCUAAAAAUGCAGAAAUUAAAGCUCUGAAAGACGAUAUUUCUGAAAGUGAACAAGCUACUACUCGAGCAAAGAUAAACUGUGAGGAAUUGAAAGUUGACUUGGAAUCGAAAGAUGGUGCCAUUUCUGGUUUGAAAAAGAAAAUUACUGAGCUCCAUGUUGAAGUGCAAAUAUUAUUACAAGGAAAAAUACAACUAGAAAAUGAAGUUAAAAAUGUUCGGUUGGAAAUGGAUACUUUACAAAAAUCUAAAGAGUGGUUUCAAGAGCAGCUGUAUUCUGCUCAGGACAGCAGAAAUAAAUUGCAUCAACAAUUGAUAUCUGUGCAAAGCAAUGAAUCCCUUCUCAGUAAUAACCUUGAAAAGAUUUUAGCAGAAAGAAAUCAGCUUAAGCAAGAAUUGAUUCUUACACAACAGCGAGCAGUUGCAGAAAAAGAAGUCUUGAUGAAGCAACUUGAAACCAUUGAAGCAGAUAUGAAAGAACGUGAAUCCCUCUUUGAUGACAUCCAAAAGGACAAAGGAUCUGCUGAAGCUGUACUUGUUGAACGGAUCCGUAAGCUAGAAGAAGAAAAAUCCCAGUUGACAAAUUUGUCAUUCACUGUAUCAAAUCAAGAGCAUGAAUUAAAGAUGUUAAAAAGUGAUUGUGAAGAAAAAUCGAAGCAUAUCCAAAGUUUAGUGAAAGAAAAGGCAGAAUUAAAUAAACAACUAACUGUUUUACAAAAAUCAUCAAGUGAUAAAGAUUUAAGUAUACAACAGUUAAUGCAGCAAAUAAAUGAUAUCAAGACUAAAUUAAAUCAUUCAGAAUCUGAUUUGCGAAGAGCUGAGGACUUAAUUAGUACUUUGAAAGCGGAAAGAACUGCAGCAGAUGUUGCUUUGGCAUCAGCCAAUGAAGAAAAACGCGUUGUACAUGAAUCUUUAAAAACGGUUAGUGAAAAUUUAAAUAAGUUUCAGAGCAAUUUCAAGCAUAUGAAAGCAGAAUUAAUAUCUCAAACAUCUUUAGCUGAGCAAUUAUUGAAAGAGAAAAAGGUGCUAGAAGAAACUGUAAGGAAAAAUGAAGAAAGCUUAUUGUUACUACGUAAAGAAUUUGAGCAGCAAACAUUAUCAGAAAGUCAAAACAGAAAUGUUAUGUAUGAUGAUUUGAGAAAGAAGAAAAGUGAUGUAGAAAAUGUACUUAACGUAUAUAGCAAAGAUUUAAUAAAUUAUCAGCAAACUGUAGAGAAUUUAUCUAAACAAAAAGUUAAACUUGAAAGUGAAACAGAUAAUUUGAAGAAGCUUUUGAAAGAAAAAGAUGACAAAAUAAAUUUGUUAACGGAAGAAAAUCGAGAUUUCGUAAGAAAAUUAGAAGAACUUGAAAAUAAAUUUAGAAAUUCAUCGUAUAUUUCAGAUAAAUCUGACUCAUUAGAAUGUACUGAUGGAAAUCUUAAAGAACAAAUGAUUGAAAUGCAAACUCCAUUGGAAGACCAGAAGCAAAUGUUAAUUUCAAAAAGUAAGGCUUUCCUCUGUAAAAAAUUAAAAGACAAGAUCAAAGAGUGCAAAAUGCUAAGAGCUGAAUUAGAAACAAGCAAAAAAAUAUGUGGUUUCAAUGAAAAUUCUUCUGAAGCAUAUUAUUUAGAUAAAAUUCAAGGUACUGAUUCCUUGAUAAAUGGUGAAAACAAACUUUCAGAUUUGGAAGCUCAGUUGAAUGAGCAAAAGAAAUUAUUAGAAGAUAAAAUUUUGCAACUAAAGAAGAGUGAAAAUAUAAUUAUUGAACUAGAAAAAGAAAAAGGAAAGGCUAUUGGCUUUUCUGACAAAUGUAAUAUGCUCAAACAGAGAUUGGCAGAAAUGGAAACUAAGCUAUCAGAAAAGGAUGCUUAUGCAGCUCAGUUAUCUUGUCUUGUUGAUGAGCUAAAAGGUCAACUUGCAGACUUAGACAGUAAUUCAAAACUGCAGAUUUCAAAUUUUGAAACGGAUUUAAACAAAGAGAAGGCAUUAGUUAAAAGUCUAAGACAACAGAUCUUUCAUGAAAAGAGAGCUAAUUCUCAUAUGCAGAGAGAUCUGGUGUCUUUGAAAUCUGCCUUGGAGCAAGCCAAUCAAAUUGCUGAUUCAAAGAAGCAAGAAAUAAUUACUUUACAAAAUGAAUUAGCUCUGAAAGUUCAAGCUGAAUUGAAACACAGAGCUGAAAUAGAAUAUUUUCAAACAGAAAUUCGGCAGCAGCACAAUAUAGUGGAAAAGCUUAACAAAGAAUUAGAAGAAGUAAAAGCACGAGAUCCAGCAUUAGCUGAGCAAAUAAAAGCACUCAGCUGGCGUUUGAAAGAAAAGACAAAUGAAGCUGCUGCUUUGCAAGAAAAGAUCAAUUUGAUUGAAGAAAGGCAUUGUGGAGAAGUGGAAGGAUUGAAGAAAAAUAUGCAGGAAACUGAGUUCCUCUUAGAGAAACUAAAAAAAGAGCUUGAUGAUACAAGGAAAGAGAAAUUUAAUUAUCAAUCUAAAGUUAUAGAACUUAGAAAAGCCUUAAAAUCAAAAUUAGCAGAGUUAGAGUCAAAGGGUAUUCUCAGGGUUGAGAAUAAAGCAUCAAGUGAUGGACCAAUUAUUCAUUUAAAUAUUCCUGAUCCUGAAGUUUCAUUUGAUGAAGCCUAUGUUAAUGAUCUUCUUCAAAAGAGCAUGCAUUUAUCAGAGAGCAGGCCUCUCAGUAAUUUGCAAGAAUGUUUGAAUUCUUUAAAAGAAGAAAUGAAUCAACUGCAAAAGAAGAUCAUUGAUAAUUCUGAAACAACUUAAUUGCUGACAGACUUUUUUAAAGUGCUUGAAACUAUUUUAUUAUGCAAUCUGUGAAUAGAUUUUUUUACUUUCAUAUGAUUAUCUUUAAUCAUACAAAUAAAAACUUUUGUUGAUUUUUUUUUUUAUAUAUUUUAACUGGGAUUACUACCGAGAAAAAAUUAAAAUUUUUAUUAAUACUAUUAUAUAUAAAUACACUUUUCAGUUUCUUUCUGCUUUUUUUAAAGGGAGAAGGAGAGUAUAAAUAAUAAAGGUAUUUAAUUCCUUCAGCCAUAAAAAAAAAUGUAGUAAUUGGCUUUAAUUACAUCAAAAAUGCAAGUUAUUUUAUUCAAAACAAUUACUACAAGUUUUCUAGACUUGCAAGGAUACAUUUUGUGGAGUUAUUUGUAAAUAAUUUCAUUAUUUAAGCUUAUUUUUUGUUCUUCAUUUUAAACAAAUUUCUGUAACUUGGAAUCCUGAACCCUAAUAUUAGUAACUGUGAUAAAAUAAUGCUUUAUUAAACUAAAAACAUAUUGCCUUAUGAUAUUAUUUGCUUUUAACUAUUUUCUGAUUAUUUAUUAUAAUUGUUUUAUUAUUUAAGCUUUGAAAAGAGAAAUUAAUUUUCUGCCAUCACAUAUAUGUAUUCUGUUGUGCAAAUAUGAUUAUUUUGUUAAUAUUUUAUUUUAAAAUUUUGUGCAAAAUGGCCAGCUCUUAUCAGACGAUACCGCAAAAGUUUAUUAAGUUAUGCUUAUUUUUUUAUGAUAUGUUAGAUGUUAUUUUAAUAAAUAUAAUGGCUCUUCUUAUAAUUAAAUUUGUUUGGUACAUUUUGCUGGUGGCUUAUGUUUAAAGGAUAGUUAUAUAUAGGUGCCUUUAAUUAUUGAGACUUUUGAAGUAUGAAUGUGACAUGUUUGAAAGGCUGUCUAGGUGAAAGAAAUAUUUGAUAGCCAAUGGAUUUCAUUUUUAUGUGAAUUAUUUUUAUAUACAUUUUAUUUGCAUCUGGUAUAUGAGAAAUAAUCGCUUUGGUGAUAUUGGAGCACAUUAUGGUAUGUAGAUGAUAUGUAGCUGUUUAAAACAACACAGUGAUGUUCAUUGUCUUUUUUCUUUAGGAUUUUUGUGUUAUUUGUUAAUUUGUCUCUGAAGUGAAACAAAGCAAAAUUAUAUUGUGAUAUAUGAAAGAAAUUCAGUGCAUUAUUAUAUUUGUUACCUAAAAUUUCAUUCUUAUUUGGACUAGUCAGUAAGAGAUUUGAAUAUUAUGUAAUGGAAUAGAUGGUAGAAGUUUUAUUUUGCAUAUAAUUUGUAAUUCUGUUGUUAUAUAGGUUAAUAAGUAUUUAUGAUUUACCGUUACUUGAAUAAAAUAUGAAUAUAUUGCCCUCUAAGAGUCUUCCAGUGCUGAUACAUAUUGUUAUGAAUCUAUCGUACAUUUUUUUGUUUCUUUCUUUUGGAAUUUUGGUUAUAUAAUGUGCUAUUGUGUAUAAAUAUUAUUUCUGUUAUUUUAUUAUGAACAAACUUAUCCCAAUUCUUCCAUUGUUUCUACUUUUUGAAUAUUUCACUUAAAAUAGAUAGUCCAUUUUCAAAUAUAAAGACUGGUUUUGGACAUGAAGCACAGAAUAUCAUGUAGAGCAAUGUUUAAAAAAAAAAAAUUUUUUUUUAGGCAUCUGUUAUUCAUAUUUUCUACUGAAAGGUGCUAAUAUGAAAAUUGGAAAACACUUUCGCCUAAUAUAAGUUUCUGUCAUUGAUAUUCUGCAGAGAAGCUUCUUUGUCAUUAUUGUUGGAGUAUUAUUUUAAGUUCCUUUAAAUUGUUUUUGUUUUAUAAGAAUUAUUUAAGAAGAAUAAAUAUCAGGAGAGAACUUUUAUUUCUUUUACUAUAAACAUCAAAAAUUGCUGCCAUUUUCUUAAUUUUCUGUGAUAUUAAUGAUGCUUUUGCAACUGAAUAAUGUGUUUACUUAUUUAUAAAAUAGAUUUUAGAGUUAGAAUAUUUUUUAAUGAAAGUUUCAGAGAAGAAAUAUUAAACUGUUUACAGAACUCAAAACUUAUGUGAAAAAAUUAAUUCAGAGAACAGUGAAAACGUCAGUUUGUAUAAGUUUAAUAUAAACAUCCUCUUCAAAAGGAACUCAAGGGCUAUUUUGAGAUAAACUUUUAAUUUAGAAUGUUGAUCAAAUUAUAUAAAAACAUGUAUUUACAAAAAUAAUUGAGUCAAAGUCAUUUUACACCAUCUGUAGGAGGUUGCUGAGUUUUUUUUUCUUUUAUUUUCUUUUUUUUUCCCCCUUGUUUCUUCUGUUGAAUAAAAGAUUGAAAUUUUCUGAACAUUUUAUUAUUAAUAUUAUUAUUUAAAAAAUGAAUGUAAAAUUUUAUGGAAAUAGUUAUUUUAACCUCCUGGUUUUAGGAAGCGAAUUUUCUUAUUUAUUUAUACAGUUUCACAAUUUUUGUUGUUAUUGAUUGAUUUAAAUAUUUAAAUAAAUCUUACUUUAUUUAUCAUGAAAGUUUUUGCAAAAUUGUUUAGCUUUACUUGCAGACAUUGCAUAUAAGUAACAAUAUAGAGUGAUCUGCUACCAAAAGUUUUACCUAGAAAAUUUUUUUUAAUUGACACUAAAAUUGUCACAAAAUUUAACAUGUAAACAAGUGUUUCUCUGUGUUAUUUUGAUGCAGGGAAUGUGCUUUUGCUUCUUUUUAUAUUACAAUAUUUCAGCUAUUGCAAUUUUGAAGAUGGUAAAAUAUUUAUGGAUAGGAAGUUACAUUUUUAAAUAUUUCUGUAAUUUUAAGCUAUUGGAUAUAAUUUUAUAUAUUAGAAUAAAUACUAGCCUCUUUUUGAAAAUCAUUUUCUAAUUUUUAAAGAAUAAUAAUUUUAAAAUUUUACAUCUAAAACAAUGUGAUAACAUUCAGAUGAAAAACUCAUUUUAAUCUUAUGGAUCCAAAAAUUUGUCUUAAUAUUAGUUACUGGAUUACUGUAUAUAAUAUUUUUAAAUUAUAUUACAUUUUAUGAACUUCUUGAGAUUCAAUAAAUUAAAACAUAUCAAGUCAAAUUUUUACUAAUAUCUUGCAAUAACUUAAACAAUAAUGGUUAAUAAAGAUUUUAUUAAAAAAAAAAGCAUGUUUAUGAAAUUUUUCUAUAAAAAUAUGUAAAUAUCAUUUUAAAAAUUUAAUAAUUCUACUAAUGAUGUACAAAUACUUUUAAGAUAGUAUUUACUGUUUAAAAUUUCAAACAAAGAUUGACAAAUUACUGAAAUACUUAUUAAAAGAAAUUUGAGCAGAGAAAUAAAAAAAAGUCUUUUGAGCCAUUGAAAGGUGAGAUUUGUUAUUCUUUUCAAUCAACCUUGCAGAUGCUUUUUCUUUUCUUUCUUCAUCAGUUAUAAAAUUUGUAAUGAUAUGACAGGUUGAUUAAAUAAAACUAUCUAUGAGUUGAUCAGAGUUUUCCACAAAAGAAAACUCUUAUUUGUUCGCUAUUCAAAAUAUUUACUAUUCAUAAGGAAAAGGCUAAAUACAGAAUCAUUUGAUGUAUCAAGAGUUUUUCAUAUUAUGGAUAAUCAAAUGAUAAUAUUUAUUUCAUGUUGUUGAUAGAUUUAAUUUCAGAAUGGACAUUCUCUCCUAAUAUUUGAUCUUUCUAAUGUUAAAGUGUAUUUUUUUUCCCUGCAAAGUUUAUUUGUGAUGUAGAAUGCAUAUUUAUGUUUCCUAUUAAGAAAUGUAUAUGAAA